UGUACGUAUUGAAACAGAAGUCAGCUGAUUAGUUAACAUCAUUGCAUUUUAUAUUAUUUUUUCUAUAAACUGUAUUCGUGAACAAACUGUGAACAAACUUGUGAAAGUUCAGAACAAAUUUUAUACUCUACUAGAUAAGUUUAGCGGUUGAACAAUGUUAGGAUUAUUAGUGUAUUAUUUUUCAUUGAAAUUCAUAAAGACUGGUAUAGAUAAAUACUGUUGUCAAUCAUGGUUUAGGUUAUAGCCUAUUUGAACUUCAGUGUUCACUUUUAACCUAUGAGAAUCGAGCUGUAGAAAUUGGAAUGUGGGUGUGGAAAUUAUUGAAGCGCUCUGAAUUUUCCUCAGACUCAUCAUUUUUAUGAUGGCAUUCCGAGUGAGGGUGCUACACUCGCUCAUUCUUGGAUUAGUCGGGCUGACGUUCAUCUUAUAUUCCUCGUACUAUUCGAAUCCCGUUCAAGUUUAUCGUUUAGAAGACGUUACGCUGAACAGCUCAAAAGCAAGUAGUGUUGCAACAUCAGCAUCAGCAUCACCAUCUCCGUCACAAGAGGCGGCGGCUGCAGUUGCGGUUGACAACCCAAGCUCAAGUAUUCCAACAGUAUCGCGCAGUACACCCCGCCAAGUAGUGCCAUCAAAAGUAGUCGAACAAAAAAGCAAAACUAACAACAUUCAAAAGAUUGAGCCACAUUCAGCAAAGAAUGGCGACUACACUUUGGGAAUAUUGACAGAACGGCUCUACGAAUCUGGACAUGACAUCGCCAGUGUAGAACUUUGUCCAGAUUUGGGUGAUAAGCUCAAGUUACUAGUUGCCAUAACUUCGGCUCCUCAGCAUCAGGAAGCCCGCAUGGCCAUUCGCCAGACGUGGGGUCACUACGGUCAGCGAUCCGACAUUUCGAUUGGCUUUCUGCUGGGUCUGUCUUCACCAGUCCAAGCCAACGCCCAUUCUGUCGACGCCAAUGUUCGUGCUGAAGCCGACUUGUAUGGUGACAUCAUAAGAUCACGUUUUAUUGACUCUUAUGACAACCUCACUCUUAAGACUGUGUCCCUCACCGAAUGGGUGGACAAUUUUUGUACCAAGGUACAGUUUGUAUUAAAAACCGAUGAUGACAUGUUUAUUAAUAUACCUAGGCUACUUGUGUUCAUAAAUGAGCAUUCAAAUCAAAAGCGUAUCAUCUAUGGAAGACUGGCUAAAAAAUGGAAGCCAAUUAGAAAUAUUAGAUCAAAGUAUUUUGUGUCGGCUAGGCAGUUUUCGCCGCCUGUCUUCCCUGAUUUCGUGACAGGUCCGGCGUACCUGUUGUCAGGGGAUGUAAUGCAUGACCUAUACACUAAUUCUCUCGGAAGAAACUAUCUCAAAUUAGAAGACGUUUACACAACAGGCAUUGUUGCCGAAGCGAUAAAUGUCUCUCGCAUUCAUGUAAACGAGUUCCUCAAUAAAAGGAUCCCGUUCAAUCCUUGUAAUAUUAAAAAGUCCAUCAGUAUCCAUAUGAUCAAGUAUCAUGAACAAUACGACCUAUGGAAGAAAUUACUCGAUGGUCGUUCCAAGUGUAAAUAAAAGACUGUUUAAUUCGAUCUAUUGUAUUAGUAAAUAACCUUUGACCUAAAGUCUCACAGUGCCUAUUACCAUAGAUGUUUUUAUCUAAUCCUAUGGAUAAUGCCCAUAUGUGUGUCGUUUGCACUCACAUUAGAUCUGCUACACAAGAUAAUGAGAAUCCUUUCUGUUUUCCGUGACACACAGACAAUUUGUCCAGUAUUGUAUCAUGAAUAGUAUUGUUUUCCUCAUAGUUUUCAAAUGUUCAAGAAUCUCAUUACAACAUCACAAUCUAUACGUGUUUGACACAUAUAUUACAUCAGAUUACGUUUCUAAAUGUCCAAGAAUCUCAAUACAUCACAAUUUAUACGUGUAUAACACAGAUAUUAUAGCCUAUAUGUGGAAUUUUCAUGACAUUUUUAAAUAAUUGUUUUUUAUUCAAUCAAUGUUUAUUGUAGUGUUCCAGAUGAUGAUUUAAUUAAUAUGAAUGUGAAUUUUAAGUACAGUUGAUCGUUUUAGGUUUAUGUGUUGUGUAUUAGUCGUAGAAAUUAUCAUUUAUAUCUCAUUGUUCCAUGCUUCAUCAUAGAAAGGCUUCAAGAAUAUUUUUGUUCAUGUUUUAAAUUAACGUUUGUAAAUCAUAUCCUGAUUACCUAUGAAAUUAUUCAACAUUUUGAAUCCAAAGUGUAGUAUUCCUAUGAACUGUAAGAUGCAUUUACAUUUUUUAGAUAUUGUAAGUAUCAUCUUCAAAUUUUGAAGUAUAGAAAUGAUUAGGAGGGACUUGGCUAAUAACUUUGACAGUAACUUGAAACUUACUGGGAAUAUUUUUUUCUGUUACAUUACCAUCUACGUUUGAAGCAUUAAACUUUUACCUGUCCGUUCAAUUAAAAUAUAGAAUCAUUUCAAGAUUGGCGAAAUUGUCUGAUUCUUGAGAUUUUCUUGGAAUAUUCAAGGUUGCCUGAUCUUAGUUCUCCACCAAGUGCAUUACUGCUACAAGAAUGUAGCAACUCAAGUUAUUGAUUUAUGUGCAUCUUAUAGUUCAUAAAAAGUGCAAUUAAUGAAAAAAUGAUAGACAUAGGAUAUGAAUAACAUGAUUAUUAUCGAUGAAAAUAUUGAAGUACCUGAAAUUAUCACAUCAAACCAUUUGUUCAAACAAUUAUUUAUUAGCUAUAUACGUUUUGUUUGGCAUCUUCUGAUAGUCGUAGUCCUAAUACUUAUGUCAUCUCUAUCCUAAGUAAUUUGAUUUAAUAACACAAUACUUGAAUGCAUUUACUUAUUGUUCCAAACUUAUUUGACGAUUAUAAUAUCAUGUUGUAAUAAUUAUUGUUAUUUUGUCUUUUAAUUUAUUUCUACUCAUAGGUGUAACCAAAAUGUUUUCAAUUUGUGUGAAGUGUUUUCAAUAUAAGACACAUAUUUUUUAGAAUUAUUUAUCUUCAUAUUAGUUUUUUUUAAUAAAAUAAAGGCCCUCCUGCAUCAUGAUUCAUGAAGUAUUAAAUUGGAUCUGACGUAUCCUAUUUGUAUUCAAAAUUUGUCACCAUUUCUAUUAAAAAAAGUUUCAAUUAGCUUUUGUAUAAACUAUUUUGUAUGGCUCUUCUCAUUAUAUUUCAAAUGAAUUAUUUUCAAUUUCUCAAAUUAGAAUUCCUAAUGAAAUUAUUAAUUAAUAAAACUAAUUAUAAAAUUGGAAUUCACUUAUUUUCAUCUGCUUUAAUAUCAAUUCUUCCACUAUGCAUUUCUCCAAUGUUAUCAACUGUAUCACAUACUAUUUUGAUGGCUUUGAAAAAAUAUUUUCAUUCAGUUGUAUUAAAUUUAAGAGAACUUGAGUAAUUUCAAUUUACCUUUAACAAUUUUCUUUUUUGAAACGCAUUUGAGUGUGCCAUAAAAACUGAAUUUAAGAAAAGCUGCUAUUAAAAAAGAGUCAAAAUGUUUAUUCUCCCCUCAAUAGUAUUGUUAUAAAAAUGAGAGCUUUCCUAACAGAUUCAGAUAUCAUUCUUCGAGUAUUAGUGGGAAUGUUCUCUGAGCUUGUUUAUAUAAUUAUGUUCUUGUAACAUGAUGGAGCGCUAUUUCCUUCCCAAUGUAGGAGAACCCCGUUCAAAGAAAUAGCUACCGUAAUUGAAAUUUCCAUUUCUAUCAUAGACUGAUUAAUUACAAUAACAUUUAUCAGGUCAACUCUAAAAUUGAAUAUAUGUACAACAUUAUCUUGUAUUGCUGCAUUGAUUCUACCUACAUCAUAUUACAAAAAGUAUCUCUUGAAAUUCCAGUCUUAGAAAUGAUACGUUACUUAUUAACUGACCUGAUCAAUCUCUUCAACCUUCAAGCUUUUUUCGUGAAAGAUUUUAAUUUACAUCAAAUUAUAAAAUACUUGAUAAAAUUUAGGUGUAUUUAUCUACAGGUCUGUAUAAAAAAGAUCCAUGAAAACUAAUAAUUUGAAAUUACAGUUGCAAACCUUUACGCUUUACAAUUUCUUGUAUUACCGAAUGUUUAUAAAAUAUUUUAUAAAUUGAAUAUUUAAUAUAUUUAUCAAAUACUUAAUUCAAAUUUUUGCAAAAUGCAGUUUCUGUUAUAUAUAAAUUUACAUAAUACAUGAAACGCUAGAGAGUUAAACAAAUUCAUCAUCCACCUUCUUCUGCUACCCAAAUGAAAUUUGGGUAAACUAAUUUCUAAGCAAAAUACCUGCAAAGAACUUAUGCUAGUUUAACUGUUGAAGUAAACCAUGACAAUUCUAGAGAUUUUUAUGUGGUCCUGUGGCUUGAGCCGUGAAUAGGUUUUUGAUAAUUCUACCUAUUUAUUUAUAAUAGUGAAUUGGUGUAAAGUAACUAUUGUGAAUAUUUAUUUCAAUGAUUAUUAAUAAUAGAACCGCUAUUAUUGUCAAAAACUAUCGCAGUAUCAUUUUAAUUAUUAGAUUAUUUUUCUAUCGGUUUUAAUAUAAUAUUUUUGGAGGUUAUUCAAUAUAUUCGAACCUAUUAUUAAUUUUUCCAUAAUUAUUUUUAGUUACCAGCCUUGCUCUUUAUAUUUCAGAAGUAAGAAUAUUAUACGAUAUAAACAAGAAUCUAACAUUGUUUCCUGCCCUAUUAAGUACUACCUUCUGUCCAGAUUAUAGUCUACAUGACAUAUUUGACGAAGUCCCUAUCUGUUUUACAUCCACCGCUUCCUCCUCUUCCUCCAGCCUCUCCUUUCUCUUGUCUUCCUCUUCCUGGACUUUGUGGUGGAGUCAAUGAGUAGAUUUUCCAAGGACAACGAUUUUGGUAGCAUGCUGUUGUUUCUAAUAAUGAGGAUUUCAAGCUCUUUCACUUUCGGGGCUGACACUUUCACACAUGCAACGCCAUUAACCAAGUUUCCAUUUUCAGCUCAAUGUUAGGCCAGUAAAAGUCCCGAACAAAAUCAAUAACCUCCAACAAUGUCUAGUAAAGCAGAUGUCAUAAUUAUAAUCAAUUAUUAAAUAGCAUACUGCAAUAGCUAUUUACAAUCAUUCUACUGUUUGAAUUAAAUUUAAUAUCACACGUAUCCCUCACACAAAUUUGUUAUGAUUAGGAUAUGCAAAAGUUAUGUAUAGUUGCUAACUGGUAUAACAUUGAUGUUGGAAAUUGAAUCGAAUUGAAAUACUUGGUACUAUCACUGGUUUCAAUACUAAGAUCAACAUCCCAAUAUUCACUUCGAAGCUUUCGAUCAUCAAUGGUGCCUCCUGAUUUUUCAAAUUUAAUUUAGCAUUGAAGGAAUCUUGGGUGAAUGCCAAUUGCACAUUUCCAUCAUCCUGUUGAAUAUUGCCUAUGAAUAGCAUGUAUAACUAUCACGAAAUCCCUCGGGCUCAUUGCUAACAGCCACUGGUCCACGAACAAAAUGAAUUUACUCACAGUGACCUAUUCUAAUAUCCUAACAAGAACAGAGAACUUUCUAGAAGCCAAUAGAAAUAAAUAAUAUUACAAAUUCAUGAAGAGACUGCCACAAUGUAAUAAAUCAUUGUGAUUAGGGAUUCCAGGAUCCAGGACGCAAUCUAUUAUACAAACGUUCAUAGUUUAAUAACAAUUCUUUCCAUUCUCUCUCUCACUCUUUAAAUCCAUAAUUCACACUGAAAAUCCGUUUCCCUUGCAUAAGAAAAAAAUAGUUCAAUAAUAUAUAUUUUAUUAUUGUGUACUUCCAUUUCUAUUUUUAAUGCCUUGAGUAGCAAACUAUGGAUCUAUAAACUGUGAAUUUCAGUAACAUAUUGGAAGUUGAGUAUUCUAUUUAGCAUGCACCGUGUUUCAAUUGCGAAGUUUGUCCAAGAUGUGUGUAUAAAUCUCCGAGAUUUCCGAGUUGUGUACCAUUUAAUGUAUAAAAUGUAUGGGUGCAAGUGUUAUGUGAGAGUAUACUUUUUUAUAGGUUUGUUUCUGCUCCAAGGAGUGUGAAUAUUUUGGAUACUAAUAAAGAUAUGUACCAUA